AUGCAAACCGCCCGUCUGACCGACACUGCGCACCACGACGCCACCGUUCACCGAAAAAACCGAAAAGGUAAACGACCGUGCAAUUUUAGUGAUAUUAUUACAAUCGCCCGGUCCGUAUUAUUUUUUUUUCCGACGCGAUUUUCGCCGAGCCGCCCGGGUCGUCGUCGGGUUCGUCGGACACGAAUAUCGACAAACGUUUCGGACGACUUUACUCCGUACCGGCGGCGACGCAAAGUGUUUCUAUCCUGAACCACCGAUUUAACCGAUUUAAAUACCCGCCGCGACCCAAAAAUAUCCCCCACCCACCCACCCUACCGCAAAUAUAUUGAAAUGCGUUAAAUUUCAAUAAAAUUCGUCGAAAAUUCCUUUAAUGACUUUUGUUCUGUAAAACCAUAAUAAUUUUUGUUAUAUUUGUGAACAACCGGACACCCAUUUUUCGGGGUACCUCUUUCGAAUCGCCACUGCUCCGAGCGCUCGCCGAUAACGGCCGAACUCGCGGUCAGAGUUUCGAGCUUUCCGACCGGUUUCCCGGACGUCCCGCGGCCUUUCGGCGCGAAAAAACCGAAAGUUCCAAAGUCCGACCGCGGUUUAUUUCCGGGCCCUUGUGUUGUUCGGUCCUCGUUUACGAGGGCGCGCGAAGAAAAAUUGUUCAUUCGUUUGUCUGGAGUCCCACGAAUGCCGCGGGUCGACACGCCUGCCUCCCCCCCCAAUUCGUUUUCUUGUCGGCUGAUUAACGACGACGACUACAAUAAUAAUAAUAAGUUAAUUAUAUUUUUUAAGAUGAGGGUGCGCCGAUUAUACACGAAUACCGUUCGGAUCGAGUCGUAUUCGAUAAUAAUAAAAAAAAAAAAAAAAUAUGUUAAUAUCGGCGAGACUUGUUCAAAUAAUGGAGAAUUUACAUUUAAUUUUUACGCGAAUAAUAAUAAUUUAUUUAAUUGCAAAAAAAAAAAAAAAAAAAACCCCGAACAAGUAUUACUAUAUAAUUUAUAUACCGCCCGGGAACGGUUUUCGCGAAUGAAAAAUUAGCGCGGUUCGCGGGCGGAACGGCGAGAAACCAUCCGCGAGUCUGCAAACAAUCAAUUAAAAUUAAUCGAGUAGCACUUCGUUUUCUCGUUUCAUUAACACUGCAGCAGAACCUCUGCACCAGUCGAAAAUUUAUCGAUUAUGCCGCCGCCGGAAUAUUGUUUAUACGGAAAACGUUAAAACGCGAUAUUUCAACAGCAUCGGUUCGUAUCGGAAAAACGCCCGGUCCGCUGAAGCCGACGGUACUAUCGCAAUAGGGGACACGACAGUAUAAAGCGGAUUUUGUCGGACGAACGUGCCGUGUCGCAGUAUCGCGAAAUUCGCCGGACUCGACCGCGGUUUGAAUUUCCUCCGAAAUAAAUCUAAAUCGGUCCGCCGACGCAUGGAAUAAACCGAAUAAAAAAAAAAAAACACGGCGUGUCCCCUCCGAAAAACUAAUCGUUUACCUCCCCUCUCCUUAAUGUAUUUACGACUUUACGAACGCAAUUAGAAUAUCGAUUCGCACACGUGGCGACGAUAGUUUUCCUUUUUUCCCCCUUUCGAAACUUUUAACGCAGGGUUUCCGAGGGGUUUCGGCUGUGGCUAUUACUAUCGCUCUCGAAACAGUAUACAGCUAUUGACUAUCGCACGCGCACGAUAAUAGUGUUUGACGGCCGGCUUUCACGACAGUCCGUCGCGGUGGCGUAUUUUAAACGGUGGACUUCUGACGCCGGUCGAUCUGCAGCCUACGCAGCUUAAGGUUUCCAAAUAAACGUGCACUUUAACCGAUAAACAGAUUUUACGUGAUACAAUUUUUUACUGUCCAAUAACCUACCUUAAAAACCGUAAAUACACUAAACGGUCGGUCCACUAUUAUAGUCACUAGUACUGUUGUCGCCCUGUUCGCAAGACAACAGUUCAUGUCAUUCACCAGACUCGCUGUCACUGCAGUAGAGUGAAUUUCGUGACUGUCACGAUACCGACCUCACUCGAGCGGACAUUAUUUCCAUUAUUCCGUAUACAAAUAUACCGUUGUACACUGCACCGUUUAGACAUUUUAAAAAUUACCGUAACUUUUGAAACUAAAUCAAUUUCAAUCGCGAUAAUGUCACUCAAAAAAAAAAAAAUUGCAUUAUAUCGUGUUGUCGUUACGUGAGUUUAUGUUUUUUUUCUCCUGCAAAUGCUACAGGAAUAUGAUAUUUGUUGAAUAUUUUCAUUUUUAUUGUGAAUAAACGCGUAUUUGACGUGGCUUCUUUUAAUAUUGACCAUUAGUAAAUGAUUAACAAAUGAAAAUAUUAAAAACAAUCAAUCGACCGACGAACCUAACCUAACGCGUAAUCGGUCCUUUCGUCGUAAAAUCGACCGGAUAAUCGAAAUCGCCAAAGUGCGAUACGUAAUUGUCGCUGUAUUAUGCGGGAGAUAAACAGAGAAAAUAAUAAUUCGUUUUCGAAUCUACUCGUGAUCGAAUUUCCCACAUUCUUGUUUUUCACCGUCUGAAUCCGAAAAAAAUUUUAAAAUCGUACGUAAAAGAGAAGGUAAAAACCCGACGACGGGUCCGUUUUCCGGACUCGUGUCGAUCUAUUUAAAUAUUAUUUUCGUAAGCCCACACGAAAACGAUCGCGCAAAAACUAAUAAAUUAUCGCCGAAAGAAUAGUACCGGGCGUCGUCGCGAGUGGUGCAACGCAACAACGGUAUACCGAUGAUAUUCGACGGAAACCUUUUGACCUAUUGUGUUUAGGAUAUAGUAAACACUGCGUUGUGUUUUCAAAGGAAUAUUUCGUGUUAUUAUUAUUAUCAUUUUUUUUUUACCGGCGCGAUGCCGUGAAAAAACGAUAGAUAGAGAGAGUGAAAAAAAUAGUAAUUUAUUAAAUGAUAUUAUAUCGACAAAAUAUUGGCUUAAUACGCGUUCCGGGACACGACGGUUUUUUACCAUUAGGUUCGAUUGUAGGUACGGUAUAAAUAUCAACAACCACGCCAGUGCGUAUAUACGUAAUGUGUAACAAUAAAAAAAAAAAAAAAUAAUAAUAAUAAUAAUAAUCCCCCGAAACGGUUGACAGAACGAUUUUUUUUUCCCCCCGUAUUCUUCGCCCCCGUCCGCCGUAAACGUUAAAAAAAAAAAAAACGCUUUCGAUUCGCGUUACGCGUGCACGUCGUGUCUCUGUACAUCCAAACACAAUAAUCGCUCGCGAGUCGCAACGUCUUCGGCGGAAAAAAAAAUAAUAAAAAACCCACGAGACAUUAAUAACUAACAAUGACAAUAAUAGUAUAACACAGGCGUGUGUGCUUAUGCGUAUAGGUGUACAGGUAAAAAUGGCGAACGACACAACGAACGGCGGAGAGGGGAAGAAACAUAAUAUGCGUAUGUGUAUAUAUACACAAGAGUUUAUGAAAAGUUUUUAUUGUUUGCCGAACAAUCGAUAUGCGUGUAUAUUGGGUCUACUUCUACUCUGUAUGUCUCUGUCUCUCUUUCUAUCUCUCUCUCCGUCACUCUCUCUCGUAUGUGUUUUUUUUUCCUUUUUUUUUUUUUUUCUGUCAAAAGCUCGCGUUCCGUGUCACGCGUCAAUCCAAAAUAAUCCGCAGCUAUUUUAUAUAACUCGAGGCGACUUCCAUUAGGGUAAUUUGCAGCGACCGCCCCGCAGUGGCGAACGCACGCGGUGCAAUCGAUUUCCUCCUCCUCCUUCUCCUCCUCCUCCAUCUCCUCCCCCCCACCCACGUUUAGCCGCGACUUAAUACGCUGUAGUAUACCGUAUAUAGAGUCGGUGUUCGGUUUAGCGUAUACCCUAGCGUAUAAUGUCUUUGUGAUUCGUACAAUGUCCACGAAAAAAAACGCCCGUCGGUCCACGAGCGGUUGUAAAUUUUUUUAUCUAAUCGCGCGAUAUAAGAACGAAAAAAACGACGGAAAAAAAAUAAUCGCGAUCAACAACUUGUUUUGAAUAUUAUUACGCGACCGUAUUUACGUCGUCGUCGUCGUAGCGGCGGAAAAAAAACCGGGGUUUUUAACGCCGUAAAAUCGACGAAAAGAGAAAAACGAAAAGAUUAAAACGCGUCAAACGAGACUUAUCUUAUCGGUUCGGGGGUGGGGAGGGUUGGGAGGGAACAAACCUCUGCCGUUUCGCGUUUAGUUGUCCGCAUAAUGUUAUAAAUAUUUUUUUGUACGACAAUAACAAUAGCCUAACCAGCUGUCCGCGAGUUUACACGCUACGUUAAAAUAUCUGGUCGCACUUGAAAUAUCGCAACAUGACGCGUGUCGGACGAACACCGUCAAAGUCAACGAGAAACGUGGCGUAAAUAUUGAAGACAAUGCGCUAGUGAUACCGCGUUAUUACACUGAUACCGAUGCGAAUGUUACGCAAUGCGAUUGUUACUUGCACAAAAGUUUUAUGUGAAUACAAGUGUCCCACGAAGACAGUGUGCCCGUUGUAAUUGUCACCGGAUAGACAAUAAAGAUAAUCAAAUUCGCGUCUCUUUUUACACACAUUACUAUCGGGGAUGAAAAAUGACUUUUUAUUAUUUUCCGAAAAUUUGAAUACGGCCAUUUUAUAGCGUUUAAUCGUCUGAAAAUGUUUGCGUUUCAACUUUUUAAUUUCAUUGAAUUCGUGAUUUUUAAUCAUUUAAACUCUAUGAAAUGGACGUCUUCAAAAUGUUUCGAAAAUAAAAAAAAAUGAAAAGUAAUUUUUACUGAAACAUAAUAAAUCAAUCGAAAUAUGAAUAUUUGUAGUUCGUCUCCUCGAGAUUAAUAUGCAUAAAAAAAUAAAUCAGAAAUCGUAAAAAUAUUCAAUGCAUAUGUAAUUAUUUUACCAUAAUAUGACAUAAUAUAUGUUGUUGACAAAGAAACACUAUCAAUUGAACUCCGCUCAGAAUCGUUUUUUCGUUGGCAAUGGGUUUAUCGUUGCUUACAGAUAUAUAUUAAAUUCUCGUCUGUUUCCUACUUUCCCAACUUCCCACAUACAACAGUGGCUGCGCCCACGCGCGAAGUUAAUCCCUCCUUUUUUUUUUUAAAUUUAUAUACGAUGUUGUCCUGACACUUUUAAAAAAAUGAUUUAAUAAAACGCCCACUACAUUAUAAUACUGUCGUAGUACUAUCUCGUUCGUCUUUACGAUAAAAACAAACAAUCCAUUUACACAUAGGAAUUAAAACGUUAAUUUUGUGUUAUUCUCGUAGCCAGAGUUUUUAGAUUAAUAUUUUUUUUUAUUUUUUUUUUUUAAGUAACAUUUAUUGUUAUCGCUCUGUUAGAUUUUGCUUUUCGUCUCUCCGAACGCCAUUCCUUUAUAAUAAUCGCAAUUUGAUUAUCUGUAAAAUUACGUUUUCACUUGCCGCAUUUAGAAGACGAAAAAUCAGUUUUAGAUAAAAUAAUAUUAAAAAACACAACAACAAUAAUAUACUGCGCCCGACUGGUUUUAACUCUGCGUUUCCCGCCGCAUAGGUUAGUUAUCGGUUUUUUUUCUUUCUGACGGAAGACCUCUUGCGGGACUCGUAGAACUCACGCUUCCAAAAAUAUCACCCCCCCCCAUUGACUUGAAAAUACAAGAAAUUUACCGUCGAAAUGCAUAUUACUAUAAUAGUUCAGCCGGGCUACGAGGAAGAGCACGACGUAUUGAUUUGAAAUCGGCAUUUUUUUUUAGGAUCCGGCUUUUAAAUUUCCUAUUUCCGUAGUCGGAUGGGGGUUGAGAGGACGACUUUACGAUUCCUAUUCGUUAUGUCCUCCGGUCGAAAAUUCCCGGGCACGCCACUGAAUUCAUUACGAUCGUCGGGGACGAAAGCAAACGUGUACGACGUUUAAUCCGCGCGAGGACAAUACAAUUAUUUCCGCGGGAAAUUUCGCGUCCAAUUUAAUUAUCAUUAUUGUCGACUCGGAACAAACCACGUUAAAAUAUCGUUGAUUUUUGGAGGGGGGUUACACCGCGCGCCCCCGCUACACGCGCGAUUAAUGUGCCGUCGUAUAUGGUCUGUUGACAAUCUUUAUCAAAUACGAUCGGAUCCUAACAAAUAAUAUUAUAAAUGUGCCGAUAAAUAAAUAAAUAAACAUCGUUUUAAAACGGAUACGUUCCGAGCGGAGCGAGAAAUCUAAAUUAUAUUAUGUGCGUUUUUAAUACUAAAUCUUUCGGAUCCAAACGAUCAAAUUAUCGCCGAUAACAGCCUGCUAAGAAAGGACACAUAACUCGACGAGAGGCACGAUUCUCGUCACCGUUUCGAACACGCGUCCGUUUGAAAUCCGUGCCUCCUCUUCUCUUGCGCUUUCCGCGGUGUCUGCGGUGCGAAAUACGUCAGUUUUUCGAUUUUCCGAGCGGUUUUCGUAUUGUAAUUGGGAAAAAAAAAACCUAUCGAAAACGGGAAAACUCACGUACACGUGUCGUACACGUUUAUACAGAAAAAACUUCGCUCCGAAUCGCUUUUCGUUAGCGGACGGUUUAUCGUAGCGUACCGGUAUACAGCGAAUUUCCCCACUACCUUUCCGGAAUUUCACCCGCAACGGUGGCCCACCCGUCGUUCCAAGUAUGUUCUUUUUUUUUUUCUUUUUUUUCCAUGUCGUUUCCGUUAUUGUGCCCGCGGGAUUCUUUAUGGCAUUUUCGCUACUGGUGCCGCUGCGGUGACUACGCCGCUACACUCAUUCAACGCGGUAUCGUUGCCAAAAUAAUCUCUUGAACGGGAUUCUUUUUGUGUGUAUUUUUUUUUUUUAACUAAAAAACAUCCCCCGGCUUCCCGACAUCGUCGAACGCUCGGCGAUGUUUCGAAAAAAAGCGAAAAUGCGCGUUGAAGUUACCGCGGCAGCGAGUUGAAAAUCGCGAAUUAAUUGCUAACCAGUGUCCGGCUUUUGUACAAAAAAAAAAAACAAAAUCCGGUCUCAUAAGAUACAACGCGAUAUAACACGGGAAAACCGUAGUUUAACAAAUAUAAAAAAAAAAAAACCCUAUAAAAAGCGUACAUUUUACGGUGUAAUUAUAAUUAUUGUUGUGUCCACUGUUUUUCAUACGUCGACUGCGUAUUUUUCUGUUCGCAGAAUAUGCGGGAACCAUCAAGAGCGAGUACCCGACGCAAACCGCGUCCGCCUCGUCCACCGCCGACAUACCGUCCGCUCGGGUGGCAGAAGCGCAACACGCGUUGCCGCCGCCACCCACGCCGGCCACCGCGACGCCCGUGCUGACCGUGCUCCAGUACCAGCGACCGCGGACGUACACCAGCACCGGUGUGGCCCUGUCGCUGCCGCCCAAGAAGAAAGACAUCUACCGGCCGUACUCGCUGGACGACCAUAAACCGAUCAAAUGGCCGCGGCCCGAGGAGGACAUAAACGCCGCGCAGGCCAUACUCGACUUGAGCGCUUCGACGCCGAUCGUCAUACGCCCAGCGCCCCAGCGGCAGCCGUCGCCGCCCCCGACGUCCAUACCGCUACUGCCGCCCAAACAAGAACACCACGAACAACUUCUACCGCCGUCGCCCGCGGCGACACCGCCGCCGCCGCCGCCGCCGCAACAGCCGCAGCAACAACAGCAAGUCGAGGCCGCCGCCGCCGCGGUCAUGCCGGUCCAACAACAGAUCGCCGUGAUCGAACUCCAAACGCUGCGGCCGCCACCGCCGGCCGUACCGAUAGUCCCUCCGCCGUCGCCGGCGCCCACCAGCAAGACGGUGGCCUACACUUAUGAAGCGUUUUUCGUCAGUGACGGCCGGUCCAAGCGCAAGUCGUCCGCGGCGGCGGCGGCGGCCGCGACCGCGUCCACCGCGUCCGGCGACGAGGGCGCCGAAAAGUCGGCGGGGGCCCCGGCGGUCGGGGCGGCCGGCGGCGCGUUGGCCGUCGCCGCCGCCGUCGGGGCCGACUUUGGCGGCACGUCGCCCGGCCGCCCGUCCAAGUACACGUGUUCCGAGUGCGGCAAACGGUACGCCACGUCGUCCAACUUGUCCCGGCACAAGCAGACGCACCGGAGCCUGGACUCGCAGUCGGCCAAACGGUGCAACGUGUGCGGCAAACCGUACGUGAGCAUGCCGGCGCUGGCCAUGCACCAGCUCACGCACAAGCUGACGCACGCGUGCGACGUGUGCGGCAAGAUGUUCAGCCGGCCGUGGCUGCUCCAGGGUCACCUGAGGUCGCACACCGGCGAGAAGCCGUACGGCUGUGCACACUGCGGAAAAGCGUUCGCCGACCGGUCCAACUUGCGCGCGCACAUGCAGACCCACUCGGGCGACAAGAACUUUGCGUGCCCGCGGUGCUUCAAGUCGUUCGCACUCAAGUCUUACCUGAACAAACAUUUAGAAUCGGCCUGUCUGCCGGCCGCAGCCGCCGCCGCCGCCGCCGCCGCUGCGGCCACGGGCGCCCCUUUGUCGCCGUCACCGUCGUCCGCCAUGUCGUCGUCGUCGUCCUCGUCGUCGUCGUCUUCUUCGACAUCCUCGUCUUCAUCGUCGUCGACGACGUCGUCGGCCGCCUCGUCGCCGUCGCAUCAACAGCACAACGUGCACCAACAGCAGCCACAACACCACCAACAGCAUCUGCACCAUCACCAACAGAACACCACUGCCGCCGAAAUCACCAAUCUCAACUUGUUGCGUCCUACGGUGCUGCACACCGUCUAAAAAACCGUCGUCGUCACCAAAUAUACUAUUAUCCUCUCGCCUCUUCCUUCUCCUCCUUCUCUUCCUCCUCCUCCUCCUCCACUUCGUCCUCUUUCUCAUCCGUCGACUAAACGGUUUUUCCGGUUUUCCAUUGUAAAUUUCUCUCCCCCCCGCCCCCACCUCCCCAAACACAUAUUCUGGUCGUAUUUUAUAGUCAUUUUUUUUUUUUUUUUUUUUUUCGAUCGAAAAUCUUUAUUAUCUAGUUCAUUUAUUGCAUUCAUUACAUAAUAAUAUAUUUUAUUUAUAUUUUAUUUUUAUUUUACGGUUAUAGGUUUACGUAUAGUACGAUAAGAUGAUAUAUUUUAUUUUUCUUCUUUUUCACACAGACAUC